UUUUGUUCUGUCGAUCUCGAGUAGGAUGGCGAGGGGAAGCUCGCUGUCGCAGAAGGCGUCAUCGGCGGGAGGCGGGGGGCGACCGGCCACGGUGGGGCCUAGGGGGACGCCGGCGGCUGCUGCGGGAAUGAGGAGGCGGAGGCUGGGUGGCGGCUCCGCCGGGGGAUUCGGGGCCGCCGGUGGCGGCGGGGGAGGUAGCAACAUGCUGCGCUUCUACACCGACGAUGCCCCCGGGUUCAAGAUGACGCCCACGGUCGUCCUGGUGAUGAGCCUCUGCUUCAUCGGAUUCGUCACCGCCCUGCACGUCUUCGGCAAGCUCUACCGCUACCGCUCCUCCGGCGGAUCUUAAUCCGCCGCCGACCUAUCUCCGGAAGAAACUGUGUAAAACUUCACAUGAGUGGAGAUACUGGAGUAUCAGCAUUUCCUGAGGGUGAAAACAUCUUCUCUUGGAUCGGUACCAUUGAGGGAAGCAAAGGAACUCCAUACAAAGGCUUGUUGUACAAGCUGUCACUAAGCUUCCCAUUGGUCUAUCCAUUUAAGCCACCCCUGGUUAAGCUUGAAACUCCAUGCUUCCCAUCCAAAUAUUGAUCAAUGUGGCAACAUUUGUUUAGACAUCCUUCAGGUACUCUGAUAUUUGGCUUUCCGAUCAGCAAACUACUACGCUAAUGGCCUAAUGCAAUGUACUGCACUUGUGUUCAUGAUAUAUUCUGUACUCUGACCCAGGACAUGUGGUCUUCCGCAUAUGAUUGCAGAACGAUCUUGUUAUCUAUACAGAGCUUGUUAGGAGAACCCAAUAAUGAAAGUCCUCUCAACAGCUAUGCUGCAACACUGUGGAGCAACCAAGAAGAUUACAAGAAGAUGGUCCACAAGCAG